AUGCCUCCCCUCGCCGAGAAGAUCCCAGAUCGACUUGGGUGGCGUGCUCUCGGUGAUGCGUCGGCCAUCUUUGCAUUACUACCCGAGGAUAUUACUGCUGCCUGUACGACCGACUGUACGCCGGAACGAUGUGAUAAUGCCACCGUCCGGCCCUGUGAGCCUCCCGAGCUCGAGCCCGGCCUGCCGGGGCAGUUCGUGCCCCUCGAGGUGCCGCACCGGCCCGCCGAGGUGCUCGAGCUGCCCAGGCAGCCGGUAGACCUCUUCUUUGACUUCGUGCCGGCCGAGCUCGUGGGCCGGUGGGUUAAGUGGACUAACGCGGGGCCGCCCUCCGCGAGGCUCGGGCCAGCACAAAGACGUUCUCGCAGUCUUCUAUGGAAGCCAACGACCUCAGACGAACUCUACCUCUUCUUAGGCAUUCUAAUUUAUAUGGGAAUACACCCUGAAGCAGAAGUCGCAAGAUAUUGGUCAGUUCAGCAGGAUCGGGAGGAUCCUAUCCAUCCUUUUACUCGACUCAUGACGAGAGACCGCUUCCAGCUCCUCUUCCGUCGGGUUCGGAUCUUCGACGCAGCUCUAAUUACGGCACCAACCCGGCCAACCCCUGGCGGCCGUGGCCGUGAUCCCCGAGAGUCUCGGAUGCCGAAGGUGUACAAACAAGUCAAUGAGUGGUCCGCCCACAUCCAAGAGACCGGCGACCGCUUCCUCCGGCCCGGCUCGGACCUCACCGUCGACGAGGCCAUGGUCCGGUUCACGGGCCGGUCUAUGGAGACCACAACGAUCCCGACGAAGCCGAUCCCGCAGGGUUUUAAGGUAUGGGUGUUGGCACAAAAGGGGUACUGCCUCCGGUGGCUCUGGCACGUCCACGGCGACGGGCCUUACGGACUUGUGCCACAAGCCCGGCCCGCAGCAGGUGACCAAGCGGCCCGGAAGACGGCACUUACGCCGACCCAGCUGGUGGUCACCUCGCUGCUUGCCCUCCUUCCAUUGGCUACUUACCAUGUAUUUCUGGAUAAUUUGUUCGCCUCCGUGAAGCUCUUCCGGGCCCUGCGAGACCCAAAGAUCGGUGCCACGGGCACUUGCCGUAAAGACGGUGGUAUUGAUAAGACUCUUGUGGCUGAGAAGGAGACGGAAGCCGACGGGCAAGUUAACCAGUUCACCUGGAAGGAUAAUGCCCUCGUUCUCUUCCUCACCACGGUCUUCGACGAGACCUCCGAAGUGGUCCGCAACCGCCGCCGGCCUGCCGGCAACACUGCCGCGAAGAAGGCGGCACGGGAAGUCUUUGGUCCGGACGUGCGGAAGGAUCUAAGGAUACCUCUGGCAGUAGAUGAGUACAACCACCGAAUGAACGGUGUCGAUACGAGUGAUCAAUCGCGGUCCUAUUACGACUUCAACAGGCCCGUGAGAAGGGGUAGUUGGCAGGCCUUGGCCUGGAACUUCCUCCUCGAAGUGAUUAUCAUCAACACUUUCCUUCUCCAACAAUGGGGUAACCCGGACUAUCCCCGGAUUAAGACCCAACUUGAAUGGCCGGGCGCGGCCACGGAGGGCAACAGACCGCCGGAACGAGACGGUCCCGUGGCAAUUACAUAA